CAGUGUGCAUUCUAGCAGAUGGGUGUGGACCGAUAUCUUAAAUCGGAAAGUAGCACCUUCUAAAAGCAGGGCCGAAGAAGAUCUACAUUUGAGAAAUACUGAGGUCAUGGAUGAAGAUUUGGAGCUUAUUUUUAAAUAUGGCCUCCAAUACGCUAAUUUCCUAUUAUUCUUCUGUUCUAAAGUAUAAUUUCACAAGCUGUUACCAAACAGUGUUGCAUGCACCUGCUCUGAGUAGGUUUUUCUCUCGCAUGUUUCAACCCUAAAUGGCCAGUUUAUUGCCACGGACGCACGGAGGCGCUAGAUCACUUAAAGCAUCGAUCCUGUCCCCGCAUCGACUUGUACAAUUUAAAACCAGACAUGCAACUCAUUCAUAUGCCCCCUCCUCCUCCACCAGUCCCUCUCUCGCUCUCUCUCGCUCUCUCUCUCUCUCCCUCGCUUUCUGUUUCUCCCGGUCUUUAGCUGCAUGUCGUUCAGUCAUUCAGUCAGUGGCCCCGGUCCGCUACGCCUGCGUCCACCUCCAUACUCCGGCUCUCCAAAUCCGAGACGCGCCACCGCCGCCGUCAGUGCGGGCAUGACAUACUGGCAACAGCAGCAGUAGUGGGCUUUCCGUCAGACUGCUUUUUUUUUUUUUUUUUUUUCUUUUUAAAACAGAUCACAAAGGAGAGGAGCAGAAUUAAGAGUAGACGAGAGUGAAGUGACUCAUUUCCUACCACUGCCGUGCGUCGAGAAGAGCGGAUGAGUCAAUGGCUGGGGCACAGCCUGGAGUUCAUGCGCUGCAGCUCAAGCCAGUGUCCGUGCCCGAGAGCCUCAGAAAGGGCAACAAAUUUAUGAAAUGGGAUGAUGAUUCUACCACCGUGACCCCGGUGACUCUGACAGUCGACCCCAAAGGCUACUUCCUGUAUUGGACCGACCAGAACAAGGAUACCGACCUGCUGGAUAUAGCCUACAUAAAAGAUGCCAGAAAUGGAAAGUGCACCAAAACACCAAAGGAAGCCAAGCUGCGAGAGCUUCUGGACGUCAGCACGCUGGCGGGGAAGAUGGAGAACAGGAUGCUGACGGUGGUGAGCGGCACGGACAUGGUCAACAUCACCUACCUGAACUUCAUGGCCUUCCAGGAGGAGAUUGCGAAGGAAUGGGCAGAGGAGCUCUUCAGCCUGGCGUCUAACCUGUUGGUGCAGAACAUGUCCAGAGAGGCCUGCCUUGAGAAAGCAUACACUCGGCUGAAGCUGCAGCUCAACCCUGAGGGACGAAUCCCUGUCAAGAAUAUCUUCAGGGUUUUCUCGGCUGACAGGAAACGAGUGGAGACAGCGCUGGAAAACUGUAACCUCCCUUCUGGCAGAAGUGACUCCAUCCCUCAAGAAGACUUCACUCCGGAGAUCUACAGCAUGUUCCUGAGCAACAUCUGCCCACGGCCGGAGCUGGACCACAUCUUCUCCGACGUGGGGGCCAAGAGCCGUCCUUACCUCACAGUGGAGCAGAUGACUGAGUUCAUUAACAAUAAACAGCGAGACCCUCGUCUGAACGAGAUACUCUACCCUCCUCUCAAACCAGAGCAGGUCCAGCUGCUGGUGGACAAAUAUGAACCCAAUGCUUCUCUGGUGCAGAAAGGUCAGAUGUCGAUGGAGGGAUUUGCCAGGUAUCUGAAUGGGGAAGAGAACUCCAUCAUUCCACCCGAGAAGCUGGACCAAAGCGAAGACAUGACCCUUCCCCUCUCCCACUAUUUCAUCAACUCCUCACACAACACAUACCUCACAGCUGGCCAGCUCGCAGGAAACUCUUCGGUCGAGAUGUACAAACAAGUCCUCCUGUCCGGGUGCCGCUGCAUUGAACUGGACUGCUGGAAGGGUCGCACCACAGAAGAAGAGCCCGUCAUCACUCAUGGCUUCACCAUGACAACUGAAAUCUCCUUCAAGGAGGUGAUCGAGGCUAUCGCAGACUGUGCCUUCAAGACCUCGCCUUUCCCCGUCAUCCUGUCCUUUGAGAACCACGUGGACUCACCGAAGCAACAAGCCAAGAUGGCAGAGUACUGCCGGUCAAUAUUUGGAGACGCAUUACUGAUGGAACCUCUGGAGAAAUAUCCCCUGGAGCCUGGCGUGCCGCUGCCCAGCCCGAUGGAGCUGAUGGGGAAGAUCCUAGUGAAGAACAAAAAGAAACACCACAAGACAGACGGAAGCACCAAGAAAAAGCUCUCCGAGCAGGUUUCCAACACCUACAGCGAUUCCUCGAGCGUGUGCGAGCCCUCCUCCCCUAGCGCAGGUUCAACUAAAGAGGAGAUGGCAGAACCUUCACAGCCGCCUGAGGGCGGUGAGCUGAGCCUAAGACCGCACGGCAGAAAGUCUAUUGGUGAGGUGGAGGCCGAGAGCGAUGAUGAAGAUGACGACGAUGAUGACUGUAAAAAGGGCUCAAUGGAUGAGGGCACAGCAGGCAGCGAGGCGUUUGCCACUGAGGAAAUGUCCAACCUGGUCAUCUACAUCCAACCUGUCAAGUUUAACAGCUUUGAAGCUUCUAAAAAGAUCAGUCGCAGCUUCCAGAUGUCAUCCUUUGUAGAGACCAAAGCUUUGGAGCAACUGACCAAAUCUCCUGUAGAGUUUGUGGAAUACAACAAGCUGCAGCUGAGCAGGAUUUACCCUAAAGGCACUCGAGUGGAUUCAUCCAACUACAACCCUCAGCUCUUCUGGAAUGCUGGCUGUCAGCUGGUAGCUCUCAACUUCCAGACAAUCGAUUUAUCCAUGCAGCUGAACCUGGGCAUGUAUGAGUACAACGGGAAAUGCGGCUACAGACUGAAACCUGAGUUUAUGAGGCGGCCAGAUAAGCACUUCGACCCUUUUACUGAGAGCACGGUGGACGGGAUAGUGGCCAACACACUGUCUGUGAAGAUCAUCUCAGGCCAGUUCCUGACCGAUAAGAAAGUUGGCACUUAUGUGGAGAUUGAUAUGUUUGGGCUGCCAGUGGACACAAAGAGGAAAGCGUUCAAGACCAAGACUUCUCCAAGCAAUGCCGUAAAUCCUGUCUGGGAAGAGGAAGCAAUAGUUUUCAAGAAGGUUGUCCUGCCCACACUUGCGUCAUUAAGGAUAGCCGUGUUUGAAGAAGGAGGAAAGUUUAUUGGCCACCGCAUCAUUCCUGUGUCAGCCAUCCGUCCAGGCUAUCACUACAUCAGCCUAAGGAAUGAGAAGAACCAGUCGCUGACGCUACCUGCUCUGUUUGUGUAUGUUGAAGUGAAGGACUACGUCCCGGACACGUUUGCAGACGUGAUUGAAGCCUUGUCCAAUCCCAUCCGCUAUGUCAACCUGAUGGAGCAGAGAGCCAAUCAGCUGGCUGCUCUCACUUUGGAGGAGGGAGGAGAGGAAGAGGGUGACAAAGAGGUGGAGGCAGGAAGCGACGCCCCCUCAGAGUCUAAGGUGGACCAGAGGGUCGUGUUGCCGGCGGAGAACGGACUGAGCCACACACCUAUCAUUGUGCCGAAGCCUCCGUCACUGGUCGGCCACCAGCCUCAGUCUGCAGGCUCAUUGAAGCCAUCAGUGAAGACUGAAGACAUCAUUCAGAGUGUUCUCUCUGAACUGGAGGCUCAGACGGUGGAGGAGCUGAAGCAGCAGAAGGGCUUCGUCCGGGAGCAGAGGAAGCAGUACAAGGAGAUGAAGGAGCUGGUUCGGAAACACCACCGCAAGACCAGCGAGCUGAUCAAGGAGCACACGGCUCGUAUGUCUGAGCUCCAGAGCCAGCACCAGCGCAGACGCUCCACCCUGCAGAAGAGCCACAAACGAGAUGGUAAGAAAAGCCGGUCCGAGCAGUCCCUGUCGACGCUGGACCAGGAGCUGUGUGAGCUGGAGAAGGAGUGCAGCCUGAGACUGGCAGAGCUGAAGGAGCAGCAGCAGCAGCAGCUCCUCACACUUCGCCAGGAGCAAUACUACAGCGAGAAAUACCAGAAACGAGAGCACAUCAAGCAGCUGGUUGAGAAGCUGACCAGUAUAGCAGAGGAGUGCCAGAGUGCUCAGCUCAAGAAGCUCAGAGACAUCUGUGAGAAAGAGAAGAAGGAUCUUAAGAAAAAAAUGGACAAGAAAAGGCAAGAGAAGAUCAGUGAAGCCAAAUCUAAAGACAAGAAUGUGACAGAAGAAGAGAAGUUAGAGAUCAACAGGUCGUUUGUCAAUGAGGUGGUGCAGUAUAUCAAACGGUUGGAAGAUGCACAGAGUAAAAGGCAGGAGAGGCUACUGGAGAAGCAUAAGGACAUCCGCCAGCAGAUCUUGGAUGAAAGGCCAAAGCUGCAGAGCGACCUGGACCAAGAGUACCAAGACAAAUUCCGCCGGCUACCCGUGGAGAUCCAAGAGUUUGUUCAGGACAGCAGCAAGGCCAAGCAUAACGACGACUGCGCCCGCGCAAACCUCGCCGGCUCCUCGACGACGGAGAAGCUCAACCACAAGGCGUCGCAGUCGGAGGACGACAUGGAAGAGGGUUCGUCGGAGCGAGUGUACGACACGCCCCUUUAGAGAUUUAAGCUUGGCGCUUUGCUUGACACCGGGACACUGACUGGUUGGACGUGGCUGCGACCACGGAACUAGGAUAACACUGCUCCGACUUUGGUCCUAAUUGUUACCAAUGGGAGGAUUAGAUCAAAUCUGAACCCUGAAUUGGUGAGUAGAGGUCCUCUCUGCGUAGAGUACAGUCGUGUUCAGAGAACCGUUUCAUGUAAAUAGUACUUUUUGUGUAUUUGUAUGUUGCCUGUAUGUUGUCGUCUCUUUCGGUACGGCCACAGGAUGUGCUACAAAACACUAACUAUUUGCAGGAAUUAACUUACUUGAACUAUUGCACAGAGAGAGUAGUUUCUUUUAAUUAUGUUUUAUUAUCAUGAGAUUGAGACAGGUGGUGGUGGUGGUGGUUAGAGAGGUGCCAAUGUUUUGAGUUCACUUACAGUGGAUUUUAAAUGGAGUCAACUUGUACUGUAAAGAAACCACUGCAUAUUCAGCCUUUAAAGCUUCCAUCUUUGUAAGAUUUAGAUUCACCCUUACAUAUUUGCACUGAAGGCUCACCAUAGAUGACUAUGUAACACUUUUACUUUAACCCAGAGGCACUGGUGGCUUGCUGGUUCUCGAUUUUGUUCUCACAGAACUAAGCCUAUAUUUUGCUGCUAUUUUGUUUUUAAAACCCAUUCACAUUUUUUUAACAGUGGUUUGUUUGAUAUUUGGCAUGUUAAUAUGAAGCAGUGCUCUGUCUCUCUUUCUUCGUUUUGGUUCGAUUUUUUUUUAACAUUGUUCGUGGGCAUUUCUGUCUAGAGAGGACGAGAAGGGAAGAUCUGAUGUACAUUGUCUGCAUGUAUUUGAACAACUGUAAAUGUUACAGUAGCUCUGUAGCAGAGAUGUUUAUUAAUGUAAAUCUAUUUUCUCUGAAACAUUUCAACUAAACCUGCAAAAGAGUGGACUCGGUGUGGCUUGAUGCAUCACUGUCUACAGGACUACAAUAAGUAAGGACACGCCUUGUGUUUUUUUUUUUUUUUAGAUCUAAAUAACCAGGUUACUCGUUUUGUUCUUUACUCUGAACUAAAACCGUCCGACCAGGACAUUCAAACAGAGGAGGAUCCUGUUGUAGUUAACAGAAGUGACCUUCCUCUUAACUGGUUCAUUGUGUAUCUACAGGGGAAACCUGUUUGCAGUUCCCUACGAUGCAGAGCAGAUGCCCCAGACCACACGAAAUAUGUCGCCCCGCUGGCAUUAUUCUCAAAGUUCAACCCACGUUUGGAAGCUGUAGUUCAAAGUGGGGAAGCUGUGGGGAUUGUCCAGAUAUAUUUAAACAGGCGCUCAGUUUAUUCCUGCAGAACACCAGCGUUAACGUGAGCUCACGAGUAACCGGACUUUUUCCUCUUUAACACGUGACCUGCGCCCAUUCGGUAAACAUGAGGAAGUGUUUUUGACUUCCUCCCUGUCCAGUGCCAUUUAACUGUGUGUGUCAAGUCAUAUUUCAGCAGAUUUUACUUAAAAAAAAAAAAAAAAAAAAAAGUGAAGGAUUUCCUGACAUGUAAGUACAAACUACAUUUUAAAAAAAAAGAUGUUGAUGUGAGAGUCCUGUGCCUUUGAAUGGGUUUGCCUUGUUUGAUGUUGAAUGUGUGAAAUGCAUCAUUGUUUAAAUUACCAUUAUAUUAUAUUAUUAUAUAUGAAGCUGUCUGGUAUUGAAUAGACUGUGUGCACUUUUUUUUUUUUUUUUUUUAGUACCGUACCACUACUGAGUAAUGCUUGUGAUGAGCAGUAUUUGACAUGUGUCUCGUAAGAAAAGAGACGUUUUUCUUUUAUGUCUUGAACCACUUUAUUUAACAGCCCCUGUCGUCUCAUUGACUAAAGUGUAUGCACUCUGGAAAUGUAUGUAUGUAUGACAUAAAGGAUAAAACAUGAGGCUGAGAAAAAAAUAAUAUAGUGUAAAGGGAACUUGCUUGUAAUUAAAAAUAAAUGUGGCUAUUAUUGUA